AACUUGAUGGAAACCAUGCCCAUUCCUAAUGACACCCAGUUCCAUCCUUCUUCAUUUCUCCUAGUGGGCAUCCCAGGACUGGAAGAUGUGCACAUCUGGAUUGGAUUCCCGUUUUUAUUUGUCUAUCUUGUUGCCCUACUGGGGAAUGCUGUUGUCCUGUUUGUGAUCCAGACUGAGAACAGACUCCAUGAGCCCAUGUACUACUUCCUAGCCAUGUUGGAUUCCAUUGACCUGGGUCUAUCCACAGCCACCAUCCCGAAGAUGCUGGGCAUCUUCUGGUUUAGCCUCAAGGAUAUAUCUUUUGGAGGCUGCCUUUCCCAGAUGUUCUUCAUUCACUUUUUUACAGUCAUGGAAAGCAUUGUGCUUGUGGCCAUGGCUUUCGACCGCUACGUUGCCAUUUGCAACCCCCUCCGGUACACCAUGAUUCUCACCAGCAAAAUCAUCAGCAUCAUUGCAGGCAUUGCUAUCCUGCGGAGUCUGUACAUGGUGCUUCCUCUAGUGUUCCUCCUCCUGAGGCUGCCUUUCUGUGGGCACCAUAUCAUCCCUCAUACUUACUGUGAGCACAUGGGCAUUGCCCGUCUGGCCUGUGCCAGUAUCAAAGUGAAUAUUAUGUUUGGUCUUGGCAACAUUUCUCUUUUAUUAUUAGAUGUGCUCCUUAUUGCUCUGUCCUAUGCCAGGAUUCUUCAUGCUGUUUUUCACUUGCCUUCCUGGGAUGCUCGGGUCAAAGCUCUCAACACCUGUGGUUCCCACAUUGGUGUUAUUUUAGCCUUUUUCACACCAGCAUUUUUCUCUUUUUUGACACAUCGCUUUGGCCACAAUGUCCCCAGGUAUAUCCACAUCUUCUUGGCCAAUUUAUAUGUGGUCGUACCCCCAGCUCUCAACCCUGUGAUUUAUGGAGUCAGGACCAAGCAGAUUCGGGAAAGAGUGCUGAAGAUUUUCUUCAAGAAAGACAGAUAA